GAAAGCACUUGGCUCUUGCCUCAGUUGUGAUUCUGCAUGAGAUUGUGAAGUAUCAAAUAGAUGUCGAAUAUUCCCGCUCAAGUCUACAAAACGUUGGAUCAGUUGGUUAACGGAGAUGUAGACAAUUUCGAGAUAACUAUCCAAAACCCCAACAAGAAGGGUGAGGGUUUUAUGGGGGAGAUGCUCUUCGUAUCGUUAAAACAUAAAAAAUCACACAAGGAGGUCAACGUUAUUGUGAAGCAAGCUUUCAGGGAAAAGGCGAUUAGAGACUCCAUCCCAAUAAGGGAUAUUUUCAUGAACGAGAUUUACUUCUACAGUAAAAUUUGGGCCAGACUGGAUAAGUUUCAACAACAGGUACCAACGAAAUAUCAUUUCCAGAAGAUACCGAAAUGUUUAGCUUCUGUUUCAAACGAGAACUCUGAAUAUCUGGUGAUGGAAAACUUGAAGUUGCAGCAUUUCCAAACCCACGAGAAGAAAAUACCAUUGAGCAAGGAACACUACCAACUUAUCGUGAGGGAAUAUGGGAAGUUCCAUGGUAUAUCCUUCGCCUAUAAAGCUUUAUACCCGGAAGAAUACGCCGAAAUGGCAAAAGGGCUGGUAGACAUCUACGCUGAUAUGUCUGGGAGAGAGUUUUUUCAGAAUGGGAUAAAAUAUUUGUAUGAAAUAGGUAUUGAAAGUCUUCAACCAGGGGUAGACGACGCCGUGAUCGAAAAGUUCAGGCCUUAUCUCGAAAAUUAUUUAGAUGUAUUCGUUGACAGUGUUAAACUUAAAACAAAAUAUACGGUAAUCACGCAUGGGGAUUGUUGGAGUAAUAACAUGAUGUUUAAGUACUACGACGCCAAAAACGUGACUGACGUAAGAUUCUUCGAUUUCCAACUUGCUAGAGAGGCUUCUCCUUGUUGCGACCUUUCGUAUUGCAUCUACUCAGGAGCACCGAAGGAGGUUUUGCAGGAUCUGGACCGAUAUCUUCAAAUUUACCACGACAGCCUGUCUACAACCCUCAGAGAAUUCGGGUGCGACCCUGAGGAAAUUUAUCCCCUACAGGCAUUGAAGAAGGAUUGGAAGAUAUUUUGCAAACUAGGGAUUACAAUGGGUCUGAUGAUUUGGAAAUUUAAAACUACGUACGAUGAAGAAUUGAAAGAUUUUACGGAUAUAACAAGCGACGAACAGGAACAAAUAUUUCUAACUGGCUAUGACAAAGAUGCAUUCAGGAAACGUGCUAGAGAUUUGCUGUGUCAUUUAUACGAAAGUGAUUUUUUGUAAAGAUAUUUAAACAAAAUAAAUUAAUUGCGAAAUA